AUGCGUCUCUUUACCAUAAGCCUUGCGCUUGCUGCCACACUGGCUGAUGCAUCUUCAUUUAUCAGACCGAAUAAGCCCCAGGGAAACCGGGAGCGUGAUUACCCCGACAGAUGCUAUCCCGAUCCCUGCAAGGGAAUAACCAACCAAAACUCCACUGCUGUCUGCGGAGACCCACGACUCGGUCCAAAAGUCUUUCCUAAGUACUUCCCUCUCGCCAACGAACUCCAGACCUACUCCCGAUUUGGCGACCUCUGCCCUUACGAGUUCCUGGAGAAAUGGACCCUGAAUGCAUCCGACCCCAAGGCAUACUGGAUCUACCCAGGGGACAGUGGUUUUACGAUCAACACCGAGUCGCUUCCUAUCCAGGGCAACAUGACCCUUCCUGUGGGCCAGAAGCUCGAUCGAUUCGGAUCUGAAUACGGAAACUUCAUGGCUCCUCUUGGUGCGCCGUAUAUUGAACGAUCUCUGCCUCCAUCCAACCUGUUUGCGCCGGAGAAAAGCAGCUUCCCUUACAACUAUCAUGUGUACGAGGUGACCAAGCAAUUUGAGGCUUUGGUGGGCCCCGUCGCGCCUUGGUUUGAGCAGCCCGGGUUUGGCUCACAGCUUAUGGUUCCGAUGAAGGUGCUCGAUUUGAUUGACCAGGGUUUCUUGAAGAGACUGGAGACUAAGGACUAUGACGAGGCUGAAGAGUACUCUGCUGGAUAUCUGCCCGAUCCCGCUCAGCCUACUUCUUCUUAG